AAAAAAACGAAAAAGAAGUGGGAGCGAGCGAGUGAGGACUGGGGAGGAGGAGGCGCAGGUGCUCGACAACAGAAAGCCGAAUAAAACACCCUCCACGAGACCUACGUGUCGAUCGCGAUGAGGUCGAUGGCGACGCGAACCUCUUCUCGUCCCCUUCCCCACCACCCUUUCUCCCCAUUUGCGAUUCCAGAGAGAGAGAGAGAGAGAGGUCAUCGAUCGAUCGAUCGAUCGAUCGAUACGUCCAUCGAUGUUGCCCUACAAAUCCCCUCCUCCCCCGCUUCUGCGUCGUCUUCGUCUUCGUUCGUGGGGGCGGGGAUUAGGGUUUUGUGGGGGUCGGGGAAGGGCGCGGCGAUGGUGAGGGGGAGGGUGGAGCUGCGGCGGAUCGAGGACAAGGCGAGUCGCCAGGUGUGCUUCUCGAAGCGGCGGGCCGGGCUCAUGAAGAAGGCGCGCGAGCUCGCCGUGCUCUGCGACGCCGAGGUCGGCCUCGUCGUCUUCUCCGCCAAGGGCAAGCUCUACGACNCUCCCCCCCUCUCUCUCUCUCUCUCACUAUGA